GAGCGUCAGUCAGUUUGAAUUUGUACAGAGAACGUUGCGCUCUUGAGUACAAAGUUGUUCAGGCCUUAACCCUUGAAAAGAAGUGAGACUGCAGAAAGAAAAUGAGGGAGUGUAUUUCUAUUCAUGUUGGACAAGCUGGUGUGCAGAUUGGCAAUGCUUGUUGGGAAUUGUACUGUUUGGAACAUGGAAUUCAGCCUGAUGGACAGAUGCCAAGUGACAAAACCAUUGGUGGGGGUGAUGACUCUUUUAACACUUUCUUCAGCGAAACUGGGGCUGGAAAACAUGUCCCAAGAGCAGUAUUUGUUGACUUGGAACCAACUGUUGUGGAUGAGGUAAGGACAGGAACAUAUCGCCAACUCUUUCAUCCGGAACAGCUCAUCACUGGCAAAGAGGAUGCUGCUAACAAUUAUGCCCGGGGUCACUACACUAUUGGCAAAGAGAUUGUUGAUCUGGUGUUGGAUAGGAUCAGAAAAUUGGCUGACCAAUGUACAGGACUUCAAGGAUUCCUGAUUUUCCACAGUUUUGGUGGUGGAACUGGAUCUGGGUUUGCAUCUCUUUUGAUGGAAAGGUUAUCUGUUGACUAUGGAAAGAAGUCCAAGCUGGAGUUUGCCAUUUACCCUGCUCCUCAGGUAUCAACUGCUGUUGUUGAACCAUACAAUUCCAUCUUGACUACCCAUACAACUUUGGAGCACUCAGAUUGUGCGUUUAUGGUGGAUAACGAAGCUAUCUACGAUAUCUGCAGGCGAAAUCUUGACAUUGAACGUCCUACAUACACAAAUUUAAACAGGUUAAUUGGACAGAUUGUCAGCUCAAUUACAGCCUCACUUCGUUUCGAUGGUGCCCUGAAUGUAGAUCUUACCGAGUUCCAGACAAACUUGGUGCCGUACCCUCGUAUUCAUUUCCCUUUGGUAACCUAUGCGCCAGUCAUUUCUGCUGAGAAGGCAUACCAUGAGCAGCUGUCUGUUGCAGAGAUAACUAAUGCCUGUUUUGAGCCAGCUAACCAGAUGGUGAAAUGUGACCCACGUCAUGGAAAAUACAUGGCCUGCUGCAUGCUGUACAGAGGUGAUGUUGUUCCAAAAGAUGUCAAUGCUGCUAUUGCUACCAUCAAGACCAAGAGGACCAUCCAGUUCGUUGACUGGUGCCCAACUGGCUUUAAAGUUGGUAUCAACUACCAACCACCCACUGUUGUUCCAGGUGGUGAUUUGGCCAAGGUGCAGCGAGCUGUCUGCAUGCUGAGCAAUACUACAGCCAUUGCUGAAGCAUGGGCCCGUCUCGACCACAAAUUUGAUUUGAUGUAUGCUAAACGAGCCUUUGUCCACUGGUAUGUAGGAGAAGGAAUGGAAGAAGGAGAGUUUUCAGAGGCUCGUGAGGAUUUGGCUGCCCUUGAGAAGGAUUAUGAGGAAGUUGGUGUGGACUCUGUUGAGGGAGAAGCUGAAGAGGAGGGAGGAGAUGAAUAUUAGAAUUCUGACCAACCAGAAUUGUGAUCGCUAACUGAUUUAGAUAGGAAAGCAUCAAAAAUAAAGACUGGUGUUUUAUAUUGUAGGUUUGAACUUUGAUUAGUAAUAUGACACACAAAAUACUUUGAUAUAUAAAUGUGUGCUUCUUUUCUUUCCAUUUUCUUUAUAUAUAGUUUUAAAAUCAUCAUUUAUUAAACCAGUUUCAAUUGCUA